AUGGCUUUUAUAAAGAAGAAAGAACGAUCCAAAGAGAGGUUUUCACUGUUGUUACUUGACCUGGAAGAGUAUUACUUUGAACAGCACACAGCAUACCAGCUGAACAGCAAUAACGCAGCCCAGAAAAGAAAAAAUAGAGGCUCUCUCAAGAUCUGCUCUAAAUCCAUAAUUUUUGAACCUGAACAAAUUGCUGAGCCUAUCUUGAAGAUACCGCUUAGAGACUGCAAAAAAAUUGAAGGAGUUGAAGAAAAUGAUCGUAAUCCUUUCAACGAAGGCAGGCCUGUUGAGAUUUUCAUUGAAUGCCAGCAGGUUUAUCUCAUCAAAGAGAGCAAUGUCGUUGGCCCUUAUAAGAUUGAGAGGGGAGACAGCAGCUUUUUCUUCCAACUUGAAGUUUCCAGGAAAACUGAAGAUGUUGUACAGACAUUACUUCAGCUUCACAGAGCAUCAUGCCUUGACAAGUUGGGAGACCAGACUGCCAUGAUUGCUGCCAAUCUGCAGUCAAGGUUGGCUAGAACUUCAUUUGACAAGAACAGUUUCCAGAGUGUUUCUGAAAAGCCUCAUAUGGAAUGCGAAGCUGAGAUGGUCACACCCCUGGUGACCAAUCCCGGGCACGUUUGCAUAACUGAUCAGAAUCUUUACUUUCAGCCUCUCAAUGGAUACCCGGAGCAAGUGGUACAAAUCAUGCUUCACAGUGUUAGGAGGAUCUAUAAGAGAAGACACGGUCUGAGACCGCUGGGACUGGAAGUCUUCUGCACUGAAAAUGAUCUCUGCUCAGACAUAUAUUUGAAGUUCUACAACACCAAAGACAGAGAUGAACUGUAUUACUACAUUGCUACAUUUCUGGAGAACCACAUGGUGGAGCACACAGCAGAGAGCUACAUGUUACAGUGGCAGCGAGGCCACAUCAGCAACUACCAGUACCUGCUGCACCUCAACAACCUGGCCGACCGCAGCUGCAAUGACCUGUCGCAGUACCCAGUCUUCCCCUGGGUCAUCGCCGACUACACCAGCCCGGAGCUGGACUUUCUGAACCCUUCGAGUUUCCGGGACCUGGGCAAGCCGGUGGGAGCUCUGAAUAAGGAGAGGCUGGAGAGGCUGCUGGCCCGGUACAGAGACAUGCCUGACCCAAAGUUCAUGUAUGGAAGCCACUACUCCUCUCCCGGUUACGUGCUCUUCUACCUGGUUAGAGUGGCUCCAGAGUGUAUGCUCUGUCUACAGAACGGACGAUACGACCACGCAGAUAGAAUGUUCAACAGCAUAGGAGAAACAUGGAAAAACUGUUUGGAAGGUGCUACUGACUUCAAAGAGUUGAUUCCGGAGUUUUAUGGGAACGACCCCAGCUUCCUGGAGAACAGCCUGGGUCUGAACCUGGGAAAGCGGCAAGGAGGAAAGAUGGUGGGAGAUGUAGUUCUUCCUCCGUGGGCCUCAGAUGCUGGCGAGUUCCUGCAGAAGAGUCAGCAAGCCUUGGAGAGCCAAUAUGUAUCAGAGCACUUGCACGAGUGGAUCGACCUGAUUUUUGGGUUCAGACAGAGGGGGAGUGAGGCUGUGGCAGCCCACAAUGUGUUUCAUCCAUUGACAUAUGAAGGGGGCAUUGAUUGCGAUAGCAUUGAAGAUCCAGAUCAGAAAAUCGCAAUGCUGACCCAGAUUCUGGAGUUUGGACAGACACCCAAGCAGCUGUUCAGCACCCCUCACCCGCAGAGGAUCACGCCCAAGUUCCAGAGCAUGUCCCGAACGCCCAGCCAGAACGCCUCCCUCGGCGAGCUGUCCCCAGUCUCCCCCAGCGAGGACUCCUCCUUCGAAGACCUGACGGAGGAGAGCAAGAAGCUGUCGUGGAGCAACAUGUCCAAGCUGAAGCUGGUGUCCAGCCACAAAAUCCAUAAAGAGGCGAUUACCGGAAUAGCAGUGACUCGCGGUGGAUCUUCUGUUUUCACAACGUCACAAGAUUCCACGCUAAAGAUGUUUUCCAAAGAGUCCAGCACAUUGCAGAGAAGCAUGUCCUUCUCCAAUAUGGCUCUCUCGUCCUGCCUGAUGCUCCCAGAAGACGCCACCGUGGUGUGCUCCUCAUGGGACAACAAUGUGUAUUUUUACUCGAUAGCCUACGGACGGCGACAGGACACCAUCAUGGGACAUGAUGAUGCAAUCAGUAAAAUGUGCUGGCGGGACAAUCAGCUGUACACGGCAUCCUGGGACUCCACAGUGAAGGUGUGGAGGUGCGUUUCCACUGACGUCUCAAGUAAUAAGAGGAGCCAGUUUGAGUUGCUGGCUGAGUUUGAACACGAUGCUGGGGUGAACACAAUCAGCCUCAACCCGGCAGGCACUCUCUUAGCCUCUGGCUCAAAGGAAGGGACUGUCAGCAUAUGGGACACCACAAACUUUGUGUUGUUACACCAAGUACAGUGCCACUCAGGGACAAUCCAUGACAUGGCUUUCAGUCCUGACAGCAGGCAUGUCCUGAGUGCGGGAGAGGACCUGUCCCUCAGGGUGGUGGACGUGCAGACGGGCAUGCUCAUUUCCACCGUGACCACGGACGAGCAGCAGAGGUGUUUCUGCUGGGACGGGAACACGGUGCUGUCCGGGGGCCAGUCCGGGGACCUGCUCGUCUGGGACAUGAUGGCUGCCAAGGUCACGGAUAGGAUCCCCGGCCAUUCAGGUGCUGUGACAGCCAUGUGGAUGAACGAGCAGUGCAGCAGUGUUAUUACCGGAGGGGAAGAUAAGCAGAUUAUUUUCUGGAAGCCUCAUUACUGAAGUGCCUUUGCCCCCUCCCCCCCCCCCCCCCCCCCCCCCCCCCCUCGCUGUUCUGACAGGCCGGCCAGUGUUCCAGACCGCACCACUCACUCUCACAACACUGUGCGCCCAGUCUGCAGCCCACACUCAAGACGGGAGUGCGUCUGUUGCAAUCUUGUCCAUGCGGCCAUUUUUUUUUCUCUUUUCUUUUCUUUUCUCUUCUCUUUUUUUCUCUUUUCUUUUCUUUCUUGUUGGCACAGAAAUGCGUCGCCCAAAGGGUUUUUGUCUAUUCUCCAAACAAUAAAUGAUCGUUUAUUUGCAAUAAUAUGAAAAUAACUUGCACUAAACGCUUUGUCAUUCCGUCAGUCUGCAUACACAGGUCAACGUUGUUGUUCUUUUUUUUUUCUGAAACUGCUUGUUAUUGUGCAACUUCUUUGUAGAAAAUAUGUGGCGCUCUGUUGUGUGUGGUGUAAUUUCAUGUUUUUGUCUAACAGUAUGUGCCUUAGUGUCUAUAUCAAAGAAGCUUUUCUUUCUUUUUUUUUACCAUGGAGCAAGCAUUAAUUGUCUAAAAUAAACCUGAAGCUGUAUUAUCGAAUGAAGCAAGCCACUUGCUGAAGAAGGAAAGACUAUUUGCUGAGCUGUCUGUAUUGUGUUCUAUUAUGCAUACAAGCAAGUACAAAUGCAACACACCAAUAAAAUCUCUUCAUAUUUAUAAUAUUUAACAACAAAUUGCGAACGCAUAUUUGUCUACCGUCCUGUUCAGGCAGACAGAACUGAUUCUCCACGUAAUUCAGUGUUGCAGCAACUUUAAAUGCUGUUUGUAUUGAAAUGUAAUCUCUUUCUUGUUAAGCUUUGACGGUUGUAUUGACGUGUUCAUUUAAUUAUUAUUUUUUUGCUUUCUGCAUCAUCUGAACUUUCAUGUUUUUACAGUAAUGGCAAUGCAUGUAAACCUAAUUGCGUGUGUGUGUAUGUGUGUGCGUGUGUAUAUAUAUUAUAUAUAACAGAUAUACAUAUGUAUAUGAAACAUUAAAUGCAGAAAUACUCAUGCUUACAGUAACUAAUUAUAAUUGUGAAAGCUGCUACCAUGCAGAGAAUAUUGAUUUAAGACCAAAAUUUUCACAGCAUCAACUGUACAUAGAUGUUCAAGUUAUUGUAUGCCAGUUAAAUAUUGACCGUGAUAUAUUUACUUUGGAAAUGCGGAAAUGAGAUUCAUACAUCUUAGAGGAAUAUGUGUAUGUCACUGUAAUGUAGGACUAAUCUUUGGCCAGCAUGUGCUUUUUAAUAGUCUAAUUUUAUUGUAUUUUUAUUUUUUCAUGCAGACCUAGAUUGACGUAGUAUCACUGUUAACUUUUUCCCUAGUGAAAAGCAUCUGAGCGUAGUUUGAGUGUACUCAGAGGACAUGAAUGAAAUAAAACAAAAAUAAAACCUUUCUGUUUCAAGA